UUGUUUCCGGCUCUGGUCCUGAUGUGUCGGUCCCUAAACCUGAAGUCCUUCUGAGAUGAACUGCUUUACAAGGUGAACUGUAGUGCAGUGCGGAAUUCUGAUUCGAAGGCCGCAAUGUUGCGGCCAGUUGUGCCUGUAGUCCUCAUAUUUACGGUUUUGUUUGGAUGGCAGUUGAGAUGCUUGGUGCUCAGUGCUUCGCAGUUUGAGCACAUUUUGAACGAUCCUGGGCGGACCAGCCAGGCCUAUUUGGGUCGCGCUGGCCAUGAACUGUCCUUGCUGUUUGGAAAGCGACGCGGGAUGAUCAUGCAAGAGCUUUGCAAAAAGGAACUGGCCGGACUACAUCCGCACAGCAUGAUCACAGAGCCUAGUCAAGGGGCUUGUUGUAAUGGAGCACCUAGGUCUGCCAACAACGCCCUGUAUGAUUUCACUUUGGACGACCGGAAAAUUGAGUGCAAAAAAGUGCACAGAUGUCUUGGAACAAAGCAAGGAGGCGCUGGCGCGUCAGUUUCAAACAAGUUAAGCUGCCGUGGCCAGGUUUUCGGGAUCGGGCUCCAUUUGAUGAGUUGUAUCUCACACUGUUUAGCCCAGAUAGCUUGUACAUCAUCAAGCAUGACCUUCAGACCGGAGUUUCUGCAGCUGGCAAGCGAACAGGAAUCAGUGGUCAUGACAUUGAGGUCACGGGUGCUAGAUUGCAAGACAGUUGGCAAAUUGCACUGUCCCAAAUUCUCGACAAGUUCCUGGCUCCAGGUCGCUGCAAACUUAUGGCUCAAAUAGAUUUAUCCGGUGUUGAGGUCAGGAACUGGCUGAGAAAGCAAAUGGACAGAGUGAAAUCACGCCAGGACGACGCAUACCAGGGCGUUCCGCUGAAGCAUAUGACGCCAAGGUCUCGUGGUUUGUGUAUUGAGGAAAUUGCCUUUGAACUGGAUCAAAUUCUGAAUCCACAAUGCUCAUUUUCACGAAAUUCGUCCAAAUCCGAAGUGGACUGGGUUCGUUCAGGAGUGAGGGUCGAAUUCAAAAACGCGCAAAUGUGUUACCACAAAGUGCCAGGGUGCUGGCGUUGCUCCUUCUCGAACAUCAAAUGUGCAUGUGCCGGUGUUCGUGACUGCGAUCUAUUUGAUGAACUGUGGCUUGCAAUCUACAGCCCUUUCGGCGUUCAUUUUUUGAAGCAUCCUGGUGGCCAAGUCCGCUUCAGCCUCACAGGUUUGAAAGAGCAGGAUGAUGGGCAAAGGAUACAUGUUUGCUGCAACCAAAGUGUGCUG